AUGGCUAAUAUCCUCCCUCCAGCUGAUCCACGAGUUGAAAACUGGCCACUAAUGAAAGAUCCAACACCUGUGUUUGUUACUGUUCUACUGUAUCUAACUUUUGUUCUCUGGUUGGGUCCAAAAAUUAUGAAAAAGCACCAAACACCGUUUAACCUACGGCCACUUAUGAUCGUUUACAACAUUUCUCUAGUUCUGCUUUCGAGUUGGCUAGUGUACGAAUUUGCUGUUUCAGGAUGGUUUACAGGAUAUUCGCUUGGUUGUCAAUCUAUUGAUCAUUCAAGAAAACCGAUUGCUAUGCGUAUGGCUAGUACUUGCUGGGUUUUUUUCAUUUCCAAAAUAAUUGAGUUAUUUGACACCGUAUUGUUUAUCCUCCGAAAGAAAUUUGAGUUAGUUAGCUUUCUUCAUGUUUUUCAUCAUGCAAUCAUGCCUAUUUCCUGGUGGUACGGUGUGAAGUAUGUUCCAGGUGGUUUAGGAACUUUUCAUGCAUUUUUAAAUUGUAUCGUCCAUGCCUUUAUGUAUACUUACUAUGGUUUGGCUGCAGCUGGACCUCGUUUUCAAAAGUAUAUAUGGUGGAAAAAAUACUUAACUGCAGCUCAAAUAACCCAAUUCAUCAUUGUUAUUUUUCACUCAACAUAUGCAUUGAGUAUAACCGAUUGUAAUUAUCCAAAAAUUUUCAGUUACUGGAUUUUGGCAUCAGCAUUGAUUUUUCUUUUUUUAUUUUCCAAAUUUUAUUACAAAGCCUACGAGAAACCAGUUCAUGCACUAAAUGGAUCAAUAGUUGAUAAUAAAUACCAUAAUAAAGCUCAUUAA